AAUGCCGGAUGUCAUUAUUAAACAAGACAGUUAUCCAUUGCUCUCAUUAAAGCUGUGAUGAGAUAACUGUCUUCUUUAAUGGCGGAGGGCGUGGAGGAAAGGGCACCUGCGCUCGCGUCUCCUCCGAUGGACCCGGGCGAGCCGGAGGGGACCGGCAAACCAUCCGGAGUUAGCAGGACCCUCGCGUUGACGGUGUGCGCCGCCGCCAUCGGGGGCACCUUCCAGUACGGCUACAACAUCUCCAUCAUCAACGCCCCCAGCGGCUACAUCCAGCGCUUCAUCAACGAGACCCACGAGGAGCGCUGGGGCGUCGGCCUGGCGGGCCCCCAGGUGACCCUGGUGUGGACCCUCAUCAUCUCGGCCUUCUCGCUGGGCGGUCUGACCGGCGCCCUGCUGGCGGGGCCCCUGUCGGUGCGCUUCGGCAGGAAGAACUCGCUGCUCCUGAACAACUCGUUCGUGUUCGCGGGCGCCGCGCUGGCGCUGGCGUGCCGGGCGGCGCGGUCCCCCGAGAUGCUCCUCCUCGCCCGCUUCCUGGCGGGCGUGAACUCGGGCGUCGGCAUGAACGUCCAGCCCAUGUACUUCGUCGAGAGCGCCCCCACGCACCUGCGGGGCGCCGUGGCGUUCUCCUCCGCCGUGUUCACCGCCCUCGGCAUCCUCCUGGGCCAGGUGGCGGGCCUCACCGGGCUCCUGGGCGCCGAGCCCCUCUGGCCGUACCUGCUGGCCAGCAACGCGGUGCCGGGGCUCGUCCAGCUGCUCGCCCUGCCCUGGUUCCCCGAGAGCCCCCGGUACCUCCUCAUCGACCGCGGGGACGAGGAGGCGUGCGUCCGGGCGCUCCGGCGGCUCCGGGGCGGCGAGGCGCCGGCCUCGGAGAUGGAGGAGAUGCUGCGGGAGCGGGAGCGGCGGACGGCGGCGGCGGCGCCCGCCAAGACGCCCUGGUCUCUGUUCAGGGACCCCGCCACGCGGCCCCAGCUCCGGACGGUCAUGGCGGCCAGCGGCGCCAUGAUGCUCUGCGGCAACGACUCCAUCUACCUCUACGCCUACUCCAUCUUUCUGGCCGCGGGGAUCCCUCCGGAGAACAUCCAGUACGUCACCCUCGGCACGGGCGCGUCGGAGCUGACGGCGUCCGUCCUGAGCAACCUGCUGAUCGAGCGCGUGGGCCGCCGGGCGCUCCUCGUGGGCGGGUACUGCCUCAUGUCCGUCUGGGCCGCGGUCUUCACCGCGGCCCUCGUCCUCCAGAGCCGCGGCGUGGCGUACAUGGCCUACCUCAGCAUGGCGUGCGUGUUCGCCUACAUCCUGAGCUUCGGGCUGGGCCCGGCGGGCGUCACAGGCAUCCUGCCGGCGGAGAUCUUCGACCAGGCGGCGCAGCCGGCGGCGUACGCGGCGGCCGGCUCCUGCAUGUGGGUCGGCCUGCUCCUGGUGGGGAUGCUGUUCCCCUACAUCGUCCGGGGCCUCGGCAGCUUCUGCUUCCUGCCGUUCCUCGCCGUGUGCGUGGCGUCCGCCGCGUACCAGGGGCUCACGCUGCCGGAGACGAAGGGCAAGACGCUGGCGGAGAUCACCGCGGAGUUCCACGAGAGGAACGGGAAGAAGGGGAGGCCGGACCGGCCCGCCAGGGACCACCACGAGCUGGGUCAGGCCCGCUCCGUCACACCCCUUGACCCCGACCUUGACCCCGUUCAUAAGAAUGGGGUCUUGCAUGAGAAAUGAAACCCUCCACCGCCUCUAUAUGCAUCGGACCGUUGGGU